GUUCCGCAUGGCGGGUUGGUCUACUAGUAGUAAUUAUGCGGAGUUGCCGAGUUACUCGGAUCGCAUCACGACCGUUUAUAGAAGGCGAGGCUAGUAUUCUCUCUUUGGGGAAGACAAAUUAGUCGCAGUGAGAAGACGGGAAGCGAAAUAGCAUGGUUCCAUGAUUUUCGUGUCCUGUCUUUUUUUUUUUCGUAUUCAUCAAGCUAUCGUGGAUUAAAUCGCUUUCAAUUCUUGAGAUUCUAUAAGCCAGCAGCAGCAUUUACCAUGUGCUAUCGUACGUUGAUGGCCAACUUAGAUCCAAAGAAUGGGUAAAAAGAAACUCAUUCAGUUCCAUACAACUUUAAAACAUUUGAUCAACCAAAAACUGCCCGUGAAAGCAAAUUCUAAUGCCGUCACACUCUCCACAAAUAAAUUCCCGUCGGAACUCUGCCGUGCACAUCCCUACUCCAGUGAUCGUCUCUCCUCUCUCCAAGCUUUCUCUCUCUCUCUCCUUACAAGCCACCUGGUGGUCAGCGUGGCCUUGUCAACGGCCUUGGCUGUAGAUCGAAAACGCUCAAUUGGUGCUCCAGUUUUCGCCCUACUGAGAGUUGGCAGGUACUUAUGACACAUCAGAGGCUCAAAACGCCCAUGUAUGGGAAUCGAGCAUAUGGAUGCCUUUUUUUCCGGGGGAGCAAAAGGGGCGCUUAUCAAGGCUCAGAAGGGGAUAUACAAGUUGUGUGUACACCGCAUAAU